AUGUUUGCCGCUCGUCGUGUCGCUACCAAUCUGCCCCGUGUGCGGGUUCAGACUGCCCUCUUCCACAACACGGCACCCGCCUUUGUUCAAAAGGGCGAUGCCAUCCCCGACCUGAACGUGCUAGUCGAGAAUUCCCCCGGCAACAAGGUCAACCUCGCCAAUGAGCUUAAGGGCAAGGGCAUCAUUGUUGGUGUGCCUGCUGCUUUCAGCCCCGCCUGCUCCAGCUCCCACGUUCCUGGCUUCAUAAACCACCCCAAGCUGAAGGAUGCGGGCAAGGUUUUUGUAGUUGCUGUCAACGACCCCUUUGUCACCAAGGCCUGGGCCGACUCUCUCGACCCUGAUGGCAAGAGCGGCAUCCGCUUUUUGGGUGACCCAACCGGUCAGUUCACCGAGGCCCUGGACCUGAGCUUCGAUAGCACGGCCAUCUUCGGAAACAAACGUAGUAAGCGCUAUGCCUUGCUGGUUGAGGACGGCAAGGUGAAGGAAGCUUUCGUCGAACCCGACAAUGCAGGUCUUAACGUCUCGGCGGCCGAAAAGGUGCUCGCUUAA